AUGAAAUCAAAUAGUUCGGAUGACUCUCCCACAACAGCAAUUGCAUCAAAUAUAAUGGAAUCAGUCAGACAACAUCCUUCCAUAUCCCUAACUACAAGUAACAAUGGUGGUAUUCAAAAUCAAUUAUCAACCUCGUUAACGAACAAUAAUUCUAACACUUUAUCUCCACUUAAGAGAAAUAAUAUGUUUUGUAGCACUGCUUUCGAAAGUAGUGGAUCGGGUGAUGGUGAUUUAUUUGACUUUGAGUUAAGAUCAUCAAAGAUGAAAUCAACAACAUCAACCCCAACAACACCUGUAACUUCGAAUACAAGGAACAAUAUGAACUUUCCAAUUAGUAGCAGCACCAAUCCAAUUAUUAAUAAUCAACAAGUAGAUGUUACAAUUGAUCAUCAACCAAACAAAGAAGCAAAAGAUGAAUCUGAUUAUGGUGUUAACAUAUCUGAUACAUCAUCAACAAUGACUUCUUUGGAACCAUUAGGAGCAAUCAUUUUUGAACAAAAUUCAAUUGAGGAACUGAGUUUUGAAGGAAAACAAUUAAAUGAUGAAACCUUUCUGAGGGGUGUUACAUUGAAUAUCGACAAGGGAGUCAUUAUUAAUUUACAAAAUCAAUUACAAAAUCAUUUACAACAGUAUUCUUUGAACACAGCAAGACCUAUUGCAGCAGAUGACCCUCAACAAUAUCAUCUCAGAGCUUUACAGAAUGUAAAGGAAUUGAAUCUGUCUGAAAAUCAAUUAUACAGAUUUCCUUUCAGUCUAUUCUUCCUCAAUUUACCGUCAUCACUUUUAUCAUUAGGAAGCCCUCAACAUAGGAAGAAUAAUGACUUAUUACUUCCAAAUAUUACAAAAUUGGAUAUUUCUCGAAAUAUUCUCAAAGUGUCAAGAAUAGAAUCAAUUUUAAAGAAACAAAAGAAUUUUGAAAAGAUUCUGGAAAAGGAAAGAAAGGAAUAUUUGAAAGGAGAAUCUAGUUCAUCACAUCGUAAAGUCUCAUUGUCAUUAUUUAAAAAUCAGGAAAAUAAGGAUUCUAAUCUAUCUGAGGAAGAUCAUAGGUCUUACAGAUAUGAAAGUCUGAAGGAACUCAAGAUGAACUUUAAUCAGCUGAAAGUAUAUCCUCUCUUUGUUCACACUUUCUUCCCAAGACUGGCCAAAUUAGAUUUAAGUUUCAAUCAUUUGAAUUCUGAGAGUAUUGAACUUUCUGAGAAUAGAAACUCUAAAAGCUUACAAACCAUGUUCGAAAAGGAGAGAGGAGUCAAGCAAAAAAAGUUGGGACUUUUCAAUAGAAAGAAUCAACACAACAAUGAUAAUAGUCCUCCAAACUUUCUUUCUGUUCACUCUGGUUCUGAUGUUGAGACAAGUCCUGUUGUCAGCAAUAUACCUACAAACGAAAUAUGGUCACCAAAUACAUCGGCAAAUGUAGAUGAAAAAAUUUUCACAAAAUCCCACAGUAAUCCUAUUAAUCCUAACACUCGAUUUUUUGAGGCUGGAACUUCAGAUCCCUCAUUAACAGAGUUAGAUUUGUCUAGUAAUUUGUUCAAAAAUUUCCCCAUUUCUCUCAAGCUUAGGAAUUUGAGAAUUUUAAAACUCAAUAAGAAUGUGCAAAUGAAUCCUAUGGCUGAGAAAUCGAAUAUUGGUGAUGUGUCAAAGAAGGAAAUGAAAUUGUUGGCUGAAAGUUCAGAAAAGGGCUUUGAUUUUGAUUCAGACCUUCAUAGAGUAUGCAAAGACAAUUUACCUAAUCUGGAAUAUUUGGAAAUGGUUGAUUGCAAAUUUGUUACAUUCCCUUCCAAUAUCUUGUGUAUAGAACCAUUGAAAACCUUGAUUUUUGAUAAGAAUCCAUUUGGUGCUGGAAGUUUGCAACACAGAAGUCAGCAAAUCGUGCAAAAGGUUAAAAUAUUAUCAAAAGACAAGAAUACAUCACCAAAUAUUCUCGAAAAAAUCAGUGAUGACAGCGAUAUUAACGAUUCCUUAUUGAGAGGAUUCCCAGAUCUUACUCAAAUUGGAUCCAAGUUUAGUAUUGGUCUUACAAAAUUGUCUGUAAAUAGUUGUAGAUUGAACCUAGAGCAAGAUUUACCUAGAAUUCUCAAAUUUUUACCUACACUCAAGUGCCUUAAAGCAAGUAAUAACUUAUUCAAGGGAAAGAUUGAUUCUACUUUUGAAGUUUAUUCAAAUAUUGAAGAUUUGGACCUUUCUAAUAACUACCUCCAAGGUUUUUCCUUCAAUAUUUUCCCAAAUGCCAAGUUAAUUAAUUUGGAAAACAAUAAGAUUUGUGAGGAAAUAACAUGGAUUCCUAAUUCUAUUAUCUCCUUCAACUUGCAAAAUAACCUAUUCUCUGGAGAUUUAGAAAAGAUUAUUUCUAAAUGUACAGGCCUAGAGGAAUUAAUUGUUUCUAAAAACAAUUUUACAUCACUUCCACUAAUUGAUAAUUUCCCAUUGUUGAGAAGUUAUAAGGUUUCUGAAAAUAAGAUCAGUCUCUCACAAUUCCCAUUAUUGGCCAGUAAUAAUUUCGACAUGAAUAACUUGGAAGCAGUUGAAAUUGCAAACCAUGGCAUUCUAGAUAUUCCUUCCGAGUUCUUUACUAGAUGUUCCAAUGUCAGCGUUCUUGACUUGUCCAGUAAUUUUAUCAGAAGUAUUCCUAGCGAAAUAGCAAGACUCACAAAAUUGACUCACCUCUACUUGAAGUAUAACGAAAUCUCUGAUUUGGUCGAGGAAAGUUUUAUGACAUUGGCAAGUCUUAAAUAUAUUGAAGCAAAGCAAAAUUCAAAGAGGGUAUCCCAACUCAUAGAAUCAGAUAGUAACUUGCAUAAAUGGCUUGUUGACCACUCGAUUGAUAUUUCAGAGAAUAGUUUUAAAGAGCCUGACCUCAUUGAACCAACCUUAUAUCUAGGAUGUAAACAAUCCUCCUCUCAUUACUCUACCUUAAAGAAUAUUGGUAUUACUCACAUUUUAACAAUAGCAAGUGAAUUCAAUCCAAGAUUUCAUGACAGAGAGUACUCAUCACUGCCAGAUUUUACAGAAAAAUUAUCUUUCAUAGAAUCAAGUCACGAGUUUGUCACAAAACAUGUGAAAAUGAAGGAAACUCAGAAUACAGAUCUAAUUGCUACUUUUGAAGAAUGCUUACCUUUCAUUGAAGAGGGUACAGAUCAGUCUCAAGGUCCCAGAAAGAUUCUCAUUCACUGUCAUGUUGGUAUCAAUAGAAGUGCCAGUAUUGUGAUAAUGUAUUUGAUGAAGAAGAAUCAAUGGACUCUCAAUGAAAGUUUAAAAUUUGUAAGAGACAAGAGACCUAUAGUUCUUCCAAUGCCCGAGUUUGUUAAACAAUUGAAACAGUACAAUAUCCAAUUGAGAAAGGAAAGAAAAAAGGAUUCUGGGGUUGGUUUUUGAAUGUUGAGUUCUUGUGAAUUAUCCAAAGGUUAUUUAUCAAAUAAAUAAUAUGAGAUGACU